CCGAGCCGAGCCCCGACGCACUCCGUCCGCCUGCCGGCUCCCGGGAGCCCCGACCGACCGGAGCCUCAGAGGUGGCAGCGCGGGGAGCCCCACGCGCGAGGAAGCGCGGCGGACCGGGGACGUGACCGGGGAGGCGCUGCCGCCUGGCAGCGGGUGACGGGAGCCGGGACCGCGGCCUCCGGGACCCUGCUGCCCAGGCCGGCGGGCCGGGCGGGAGCGGGGAGUGCGAGGACCCCACCCUCGGGGCACCCAGUGCCGGGACUUGCUCCCUCUCCCUUGGGAGGGAGGACCCUCCCCACUCCCGGGACAGCCAGAAGAGAUCGCCGCAGGGCACGCGCGGCUGUCCCUACCACGGUGGCUCUAGAGGAGACCCCCCGAAGUCGGGAAGGGUAGUGGGACCUGAAGGACUCGGAGUGAGACCUCCCUCACGCCUCAACGCACUGCAGACAGUUCGGGACUUUUGAGGUAGAAAGGGAGCCAUGCCUGUGGAGUAGGCACCCCGCAUCCCACCCGGGACUCACCGCGGAGAGGCGUCCUGACACGCACAAGCCAGGACCCUCCAGGGAACCGCCAGGAAUUGGUUUAGUUUGCUGGAGAGUAGAAGACCUCGCCCCUCAACUUGCGUGCACCUAGACAGUGGACCCAGGCAGAGCCCCUCCGCUCAGAUCUCCAACUGACAGAAAGAGUCCUCAGCCCCUGAAAGAUCCAGUUUGGGGGGGAGGGGGAUUCCCCCAAAGGGGAGGAGACAACUCCUGGCUGGGAGAGGCUCCUCCCCUCCUCCCUAGGGUAGCAGGCAGGGUGUGGGGGGUGUGCCAUCUUCCCCAGGUAGGUCCUCCCUCUCCCCCUCCUCCUCCUCCGGCUCCUCUUCCUCAGGGGACUCAGUUCCCUGCUCCAGCCUGGGAGGCUCUGCCAGGCGCUGGAGGAGUCACUGAGGAUGCCACCUGUCACCUGCCUCUGAAGAGGGGAAUCCCUGCAACCUCAAACUUCUGUACCAGGGGGUUUCCUCCAGCGGCUGGGGGAACCUUGGAAACAGAACCCAGAAGUAAGAUGGCCUCUGACUUGGAGAGUAGCCUCACCUCUAUAGACUGGCUGCCACAGCUGACUCUCAGAGCCACUAUUGAGAAGCUUGGGAGUGCUUCUCAGGCUGGGGCUCCAGGGGGCGCCCGCAAGUGCUCCCCAGGCUCCCCCACAGAUCCUAACGCCACCCUCAGCAAAGAUGAGGCAGCGGUCCACCAAGAUGGCAAGCCACGGUACAGCUACGCCACCCUCAUCACCUAUGCCAUCAACUCCUCCCCAGCUAAGAAGAUGACUCUCAGUGAGAUUUACCGCUGGAUCUGCGACAACUUCCCCUAUUACAAGAAUGCUGGCAUCGGUUGGAAGAAUUCCAUUCGACACAACCUUUCCCUUAACAAGUGUUUCCGGAAGGUGCCCAGACCUCGGGAUGACCCCGGGAAGGGCUCUUAUUGGACAAUUGACACCUGCCCUGACAUUUCCCGGAAGAGAAGACACCCUCCAGAUGAUGAUCUAUCCCAAGACUCCCCAGAACAAGAGGCCAGCAAAAGCCCCCGGGGAGGUGUUCCAGGGAGUGGAGAAACCUCACUGUCUCAUGAGGGGACUUCUCAGAUGUCACUGCAGAGCCCCUCCUCCAUGGCCAACUACAGCCAGGGCCCAGGGUCUGUGGAUGGUGGAGCAGUGGCAGCAGGGGCCCCAGGCCAGGAGAGCACAGAGAGUGCCCCUCCCCUCUACAACACCAACCACGACUUCAAAUUCUCCUACUCAGAGAUCAACUUUCAGGACCUGAGCUGGUCCUUCCGAAACCUCUACAAGUCUAUGCUGGAGCGGUCUUCUGCCUCUCAGCACGGCUUCUCCUCGCUCCUGGGAGACAUGCCACCUUCUAACAACUACUACAUGUACCAGCAGCAGCAGCAACAGCAGCAGCAGCCACCACCGCAGCCACCACCACAGCCACCACCCCAGCAACCACAACCACAGCAGCAGCAGGCACCCACUCAGGGCCCCUCAAAUGUAGGGGGUGCCCCUCCACUGCACACCCCAAGCCCUGAUGGCUGUACCACACCCGGGGGAAAGCAAGCGGGAGCUGAAGGCUAUGGUCCCCCCGCUGGGAUGGCCAUGCAUCCUCCCCCACUGCAGCAUGGAAGCUACCACACACAUCAGCACCAUCCCCACCCCCACCCUGCUCAGCAGCCAGCACAGCAGCAGGCACAGAGCCAGGCACCCAUCAACAGCACUGGCUUUGCCUUUCCUCCAGACUGGUGCUCCAAUAUUGACUCCUUAAAGGAAAGCUUCAAAAUGGUGAACCGGCUCAACUGGUCCAGCAUCGAGCAGUCCCAGUUCUCAGAGCUGAUGGAGAGCCUACGGCAGGCAGAGCAAAGGAACUGGACCCUCGACCAGCAUCACAUCGCCAACUUGUGUGACUCCCUCAACCACUUCCUCACCCAGACUGGUCACAUGCCCCCACAAGGGGCUUCCCACCGACCACCUGCCCCUUCCCGGAUCACUGACUCCUGUGCCCUCACCAGUGGCAAACCAGAGCCAUCCAUGAGCCAAGUGAACUCUUACGGACACCCACAAGCCUCCCAUCUCUACCCUGGCCCAGCGCCCAUGUACCCAAUCUCCACCCAAGACUCAGCAGGAUACAGUCGCCCAGCACACCACAUGGUUCCCCGGCCACCUGUCCCACCUCCUGGUGCCAAUGAAGAGAUCACCGAUGACUUCGACUGGGACUUGAUCACUUAACGAAUCACAGUGGACAUCAGCCCAAGGCCUGGUGGUGAAUUCUGGCCACAGGGGAAGAACAGUCCCCGCCUGUCCUCCCCAAAUAUGUAUAUAGAUAUAUAGCUUCUUUCUGUUCUCUCUGUCAGAGAAGCCACCGCAAGAUGCUGCCGAUGAUAAUCCCAUUUCCUCCUCCUUCUGUUUCCCUCCUAGUUCUUUUAUUAUUAUUCUAAUUAUAUUAUUAUUAUUAUUGGUUACAUACUGCCCAGUCUGCUGCCCUCUGACCCUGGGCUUUGCCCUCUCUUUGCCCAUUUGAAAUCUUCAGGCCUCAACAUGAGGCCGUGAUAGCUGUCGAGGAAGGCUUCAAAUUCUAGUUCACCUUUCUCUCUGAGAAACUCAGUGCUGAUCCCACCUUUCAGUUCAGAGUUGUGAUCUGUUCCUGUCUGUCUCGGGCUGGCCUGGAGAGGCCGCAGUAAGUAGAGGGGAGUGUCUAAGGCACUGCUUGGCAACCAUGAUGUUGCAGUUUUCCUCAAUGGUGCUAAUUGUGUCCUCUGAGCUUUCCCAUUACACAGCCAAUCUUUAUUUGCUCUGGCAGUCCUCAUGACAGGUGGACUUGGAGAGGUGGGUUCAGUAGAAUGCCACAGAGCAGUGAUGGGUAUAGCCCAGGAUGAGGUUGGGUGUGCACUGCCAUGCCAAAGCAUUCCUGGCUUCUUCCUGGCUCAUGCUCUCAGGAGGUUAGCCGGUCUGCUCGGGCGUGAGGACCACUGUCCAGCAUAGGUUCAGCUUCUUGGAGACAAUAUCAUUUAAGGCAUUUUGGCUUUGGCAAGGGAAUUCUUUCUGAGAGUUAACUGGCUGUAAUAUAAACGUCCUUCCACCAUUUGCUCCUUCAGCAAAUACUAUUUUGUCUUCCUAAAGCUGUUUGUCCAAAUUAUCCACCUGUCUUAUUUUUUUUUUUCUCCCAUUCUCUGGGAUUCUCAAAAGACAAAAGGAAGCCAUUCUCACUCCUAGUAUCUUCAUGUCAUAUAUGUGCCGUGGAAACCUCUCUCUCUCCUGUCAUAGCAGACUCAUACCUGAGUACUGCUGAUGGGACAGUGGGGAGAUGAGGGGGAGCCUUCGUAGACGUGGGUGGGAACCUGUCACUUGUUUAACUGCACAGGGAGAUGCUUCUCUUGAAGUUCCUGUCGGUGGGGUGGAAGCUUUGGAUUUUGACAGGCAAUGAAAAUUGUAAGAGAGAAAUGACUAACACAGAGACAGAGACAGGGCUUGGCGAGGGCAAGGCACACGCCUAGGCACAGUGCGGAGUCUCCGUUUACAGUGAGCGGCCAUGAUUUAUUGCUGCAGAGGUCUUGGUGUGUUGUCGAAUGUGACUUCUGAGAAGGAAGACCAGUCUCACUUCCAUUUUAUUUCUACUAAAUCUUCUGAAACAGACAAAAUGUGUAUCUUCAACAGGGCCAAUCUCUGUGACUUUUGUUCAUAUGCUUUUAUUUAUCCAUGAUUUCUAAGACACUGGGCUUCCUGUUCUCACUUCCCCUCAUCGCCCCGUUUCCUUUCUUUAGAAGGGGGCUUAUGUAUGAGACUGGUGAAGCCCAGUGAAGCUAGUAAAGGGGCAAGAUGGGCAGUUCACUAAAGAGCACUUUAUUUCUUUGUAAGGAAGAAAAAGGGAGUAUAAGGAAAAAAAAGUGUUCUCCAGCACAAUGUGCGAUGUACUGGAGAGCGUCUGGUGGGGCCGAUGUAUGUCGAAAGAUUUCUCCCUAGGGAAAGGGGUGUCUCCCCAGAGGUGACACACACCUUUGCUCAGGCCCUCCUAGACAUCUCUUGCUAUUUCUUCCAUUCAGGUGUAUUCUGCACAGCUUCCCUUUGGUUUCCUUGAGGUCUUACCCUGCAGAGUACCACCUCCUCUCCUAAACACCUUUCCUGGUCAUAUCUGUCCAAGGUUGGGGAACAUAGGCUGAGUUGUACUCCCAGGUGCCUCUGGCUUCUCCAUGUCUUGAGAACCAUUCUCCCUGGUGGGCAGCUGGAGCAGCUGCCUUGAGCUGGAGACCAGAGGGUGACUUUAGGGCCCUGAGGUUCUAGCUCUCCAGGGUCAGGCUUGCAGAAUAGGGCAGUUCAAACCUGAUCCCCUUUGGGCCUCAGUUUCCCAUGUCAUCUGUGACAUGGAAAGAGAACUACUUUUAUUUUGUUGGUCCGGUGUUGCUGGACAUGAAGUAUAGUCCUUGUUGUUGUCUUGGGUGAUGUGUGCACAGUUGUAGGGGUCACUGCCUAUAAGAGGAAAUAGGGGAGAGAGCCUAGGAGCAGGACUAGAGGAGAAGCCAUUUGUGUCGAUCCACCUAGCCUAGGCUUCCUCUCCUCAACCCCAUGUUUCUGGUUUGGUGAGCUCUUUAUACCACCCAUAAUGCUUUGCAUUGGUGCAGGCUGGGAAGGGGUGUAUGGGCUCACAACUUGUUUGGUUUUUUGUUUUUGUUUUGUUUUUGUUUUUUUUUGCAUGCUUUCUUAAUAAAAAAAAAGAAAAGAAAAGAA